AUGGGCAUCUUCGAAGAUGCGCGUGAUGGAAACCUGGAUCAGUACAAACUGGACCAGUAUAAAACUUCCUCAUUCGAUAUUAACUCUAUAGAUCCGGAGACGGGACUGACUCUACUUGCUACGGCUUCCUUGAAGGGCCGUACCGAUGUUGUUAAGCUACUUUUACAGAAUAAUGCAUCGGCAACUAAGCUCUCCCAAGGCGACCGCACCCCCGUGUGGUUCGCCGCGAUGGGUUCUAUGAAGAAGAGGGACCGCGCCGAGAUCAUCCGUCUACUCCAUGCUCACGGCGCUGACAUCAACAAGCCCUCUUCGGGGGACGCCAACUAUACACCUCUGAUGAAAGUUGUCGCCGAGUGGAAGGAUGUCAAUACCGUUCGCCAACUCAUUAAUCUCGGUGCGGAUAAGACCUUGAAGAAUUCUAAUCGAGAAACGGCAGCUAGGAUCGCUUUUGAGAAGAAAAAAGACGCCAUGAUUGAUGCUCUUAAUAGUAGCUCUCAGGGGCGUCUGACUCUCAUGGACAUCAUUUGGAAGAUUCUUGCCUUCGUCCUUCAUUUAAUAAUUUGGGUCUACAUUGUUAUAUCAAGUGUAUUGAAGGGCAUCAUCGAAUCGAGCCAUGAGCCUAGCGAGAUCAAGAUCCUAAGUCAUUCUAAUGUUAGUAAUACUACUCUGGAUAUUACCACACCUCGUCUUCUAGCUAAUACCCAUCUACAGGAAGUCCAAGAAAGCAAGAUGGCAGAGGAAUAUAAGAGCGACAUCAUCAGGUUUAUUUCAAAAAAUCACAUGGAUAGCUUCUUCAAGAACGACGAUCCCUUUCUUAAUACACUUGUUGAGAAGGCCGCUAAGAUGAAAGCGAACCCCCCUGAAUCGACGCUUAAGUCUGACAAAGAUAUCCGUGAUCUUAUAAAGGUAUCACUAUACCAGCAGGUGAUCCUUUGCGACGACAGUACAUCCAUGUCUGUAGGCAACCGCAUUAAAGCCCAGCAACAUCUAGCCAAGCGAGUUACAAAAUUUGCCACUUACAUUAUACCCGAUGAAGAUGGCGUCGAGUUACGCUUCAUCAAUAGCUCCGUGUCUGGAAGCAGACUCCGGGAGGCAGAAGUUGAGACCAUUAUGACCAACAUGCAACCAACUGGGGAUGCAGACAUUGGGUCGAACCUAAUCGCGAAGAUUCUCAAGCCUCUAGUGUACGACAAGUUAGAGAAUAAAGAACUAGUGCGUCCCUUAUUAGUGUCGAUGAUUACGGAUGGAUUCCCCGAGCCAGAGUCCUCAAAUACGUUGAGAAAUGCGAUCAUAGAGUGUGGGAGGAAGCUGAUUAAGGCUGGCUAUGAGCCUGAGGCCGUUCUGUUCCAGGUUAGCCAAAUCGGAAACUCCAAAGCCUCGAAGAAGUUCUUCGAUAGCCUACGAAACGACAAGCAGUUGAAGAGAGUCCUCUACUGCUCCAGCGGUAAUGCGCAACCCGCAUGCACCCACCAUCCAUGA